CCGUAUUACACGGCGUCAGACCUCUGAUUAUGCCUAUAACGAGUGUGAUCGCAAGUUUGGGACUGAGCGGGCCUUAGGGCCUGGCCACUCCCAGGCGCGCGCCCAUCUGCGGUGAGCGGCUGAAUAAGGGGGCACCGUCACGUGCCGCGUACGCUGUACCCAAAACGAGCGCAGCGCAACAAUUUCUUUCACCACUCGCAGCUUUUCUUGCCCCGACUGUGUGCCUUCUUUCUCUGCUGCGCGCUCCGCUCCACGUUUCCCCCAAUCGGAACUUUUCCCGUCCAACGAGCACUAGACACAACGAGGAGGAUCCCGUCAUCUCGCCCCAGUACCGUCAGCCAUGCCUAAUGUGGUCUACACUCUCAACAACGCCAUCGAUAGCUUCUUUUCCGAGGCUGGUGCGUCGUCGUCUAAGAUACAAUGCGAUGACUUUGUCCGCCGAAGAUAUGGAGGACAGAUCCAGCCAGUUAACAUCCAAGGCUUGACCAGCUACACCGUAAUUGCAGGCCCAAGCGGCAACAAGAUCAUUCAAUUCCGAGAGCAGACUGCUUUGCUAGACAUGAACAUGUUGGAGUUGGCAAAAGACAUUCACGGAGAUGUCGUGCCUAGCUGUUCUGAGCUCGGGUGGGUUGGCGAUCCAAGCGGCUCACCGCUAGCAAUAUACGAGAUGGACAGGCUCCGUGGAGAGAACUAUAUCAUCGCUCGCCCCUCUCUCACACGCGAUAAACGACUGAAUACCGUGUACAGCCUAGCGAGUUUCUUCGCGCAGUCGUGGCAAAAGGGCAAGCUAGCAAGCUCGAGAUUGGCCAAUACGUCUGCCAUCAGCACCGAAUGCUACGCCAGGUUCGAAUACCUAGCCAACACCCUCCCAAAACGCUUCUUGCCCGCCGUCACCGAAAUACAAGCCGCCCUGCCAGCGCUCCUUGACGGAUGCUAUCCCGUGGUCCUCACGCACAGCGACCUCAACGAGAUGAACAUCCUGGUCGAUCCCGACAGCGGCGAAAUCACAGGCGUUGUUGACUGGCCCAGCGCGAGCAUCCUACCCUUCGGCUUCGCCCUCUACGCACUAGAGAGCGCCCUCGGCAGCAUGGGCUCUGGCGGAUGGAAAUGGUUCGACGGCGUGGAUGGCCUAAGGGAUGCAUUCUGGAGCGCCUUUAGAGAGCAGACUGGCUUGUCCGAGCCUCAAACGAGACUUGUAAAACUUGCGGGAAAGGCCGGCAUCCUGAUCCGCUACGGCACUGCCUACGACUGUGGCUUCCCUGGAAUGAUAGGCGUCCGAGACGAGAACGCUGAGGACUUUAGAUACCUCGACGCCCUCAUUUUCUAAGAGCUAUUCCCCGCGCU